AUGUCGAUACUCAACCAUGGGGAAGCAGAGAUCGCUAAGAUUAUCUGCCUAGCGAGAGCCAUAAGGCAACGGCCGCAAUACGGUCGAAACAUCCUGAUAGUCUCUCCAUACAAGGCGCAAGUAGCUUUAACCGCGCAGAAAUGGGAAGAAACAUACCCAGGACUGGAGACAAAGCCACGCAUCCAGGCCGUCGAUGGAGAGCAGGAGGCUGAGGGGGAUGCUGUAAUUGUCAUGCUCAGGACACACAGCGUAUAUCCUGGCUUUGUGGCCUCAUCACGUCGCAUCAACGUCAUGACAUCGAGGGCAAAGCACGGAAAUUGGGGCUGGGUAUCUGGACAGGUCAUCCGCGAACACGCUCCUCAACUCCAGGCAGUGAUGAUGCAAUAUCGGGAGACUAUGUGUUCCUUCGCACUGAGGGGAGAACCUAGUCAUGGUCGCACCUUCCACGAGACCCUAACUGAGGAAAUACAAACUUCUCCUCCUUUCUCUCUCUGCUUCUCUUAUGCCACCCUCUUCACAACUACCUAUCACUCUGCUUUUAUUCGAACCUGUCUAUCUGCCAUGAACCCAGCUCCUGAGUUUGAACAGGCAGGACGCCUGGAAUUAAUUAAACAGAUCUCUGAGACUGGUGUCAGUGAGAUCGACUCUGUUAUAUGGGCCUUUCUCUGGCUCGCGGAUAUGAACAGGGUUCAGCUUUUAGCCCAAUAUGCGAAGAAUCCAGAAACUUCCUUGGUUUGCUCAGGCGACCUCAGGCGGGAUUAUUACCCAGCACUGAGGAAUUGUACGUUAUGGUCCCCACCAACUGAGUGCGAGCGUCCCACAACUCGUUCAGCCAAGGCCGCAGAUGACACUGCAAACCGCGAUCAACACAGAUAUAUCGUCACCAAAGCCGGAGAACCUCUGCAAAUUGCAGAUCUGAUACCCUUUGCUCUCGGCGUUCGUCAUCAACGCAAAACAGAGAGGGAUAAAUUUUGA